AUGGAAAUUUUAUGGUUGGAACUUGCAUGUUGUGAGAUAGAAAAGAGAAGUGAAUGGAACAAAAAUGUUAGUGAAUUAAUUCAACAUCAGAAGACUUAUGGUGUGGCACGAAAAUGUUUAAAAUUUAAGGAUCUAACAUCUUUUAAUAUUUAUCUACCACUUUGUUCUCUUUUGUCUAAAGCAAUUCUGCAAGAUAAAGCGAGGUUGCGAAAAAAACUUUCACAAGAGACGAUUGUUAAAAAGCGUUUACCAUAA